AUGUCCAAACCCCUCGCCACACGCACCGUCCCCCUCCUGAUCGCCGCCACCCUUUUCGGCGGGCUCGCCUACAGCACCUGGGGCGGCACCACCCAGCCCCGGCCGCGCGCAACCCACGACGCGCGCUCCCAAGCGUCUGUCUCCGAACGGCUCCAAUCCGCCGCCGGCACCGGCGGGGUGCAAAAAGCUUCCGGGAGUGGCAGUGACAGCUCCCAUGAAGGUCCUAGUGCAGAAAGGCUGGAGAGCCUGAAGCAGUACGAUCCCAAGGAUACAAGGCUGUUUAGCAACGAUCCGGCGGCGCAGAGUAAGCGGAAUCCGGACAAGGCGAGGAGUGGGGAGUUGGAUCGGGGCGGACCGUCACCGGGGGGUGGGCUGGGGAAGAAUAUUGGGGAGAGGGAGGAGGGGAAGGAGGGGGAUUUGGCGUGGAAGAAGAUUGGGGGGUCACAUUAUGCCGGGUCGCCCCAGCUGGCAAGCACGCCGGGAACGGGUAUGAUUGGUCAAUUCCGGUGGAGGGGUCCGGCCGAUGAUGUCAAUGACGAUUCCUCGCGGAUCGCGCAAGCCGGCAUGGUGCUACGAGCUGGGAUCUGGAUGCGGCACCCGGAUGCUAGCAUGGUGUUGGAAUGGGAUGACGCUGAGGCUUGGGAUGAGCAGUGA